CUCGGAAGACUGCUAGACAGACAUCUUCUAGGGCGCUCUCCCUGACUCACUUGGCUGCGCUUUUAAGCACUCUUUUCUGGAUCAACAGGAGUUUGCUAUUUCUUUCAGGAAAAUCUUCAUCUUACAACUUGUAGGGCUGGUGCUAACUUACGACUUCACUAACUGUGACUUUGAGAAGAUUAAAGCAGCCUAUCUCAGUACUAUUUCUAAAGACCUGAUUACAUAUAUGAGUGGGACCAAAAGUACCGAGUUCAACAACACCGUAUCCUGUAGCAAUCGGCCACACUGCCUUACUGAAAUCCAGAGCCUAACCUUCAAUCGCACCGCCGGCUGCGUGUCACUCGCCAAAGAAAUGUUCGCCAUGAAAACUAAGGCUGCCUUAGCAAUCUGGUGCCCAGGCUAUUCGGAAACUCAGAUAAAUGCUACUCAGGCGAUGAAGAAAAGGAGAAAAAGGAAAGUCACAACCAAUAAAUGUCUGGAACAAGUGUCACAAUUACUAGGAUUGUGGCGUCGCUUCAGUCGACCUUUACUGAAACAACAGUAAACCAUCUUUAUUAUGGUCAUAUUUCACAGCACCAAAAUAAAUCAUCUUUAUUAAGUAGAUGAAACAUUAACUCUAACUGUGACAAAGAAGACCACAAAUAGUUAUCUUUUAAUUACAGAAGAGUUUCUUAACUUAUUUUUGUAAGUUUUUAUUGUGUAAGUUUAUAAUGCAGGGGAAGUACUACUCCUCAAAUGUUGAGGGAAGCUUCCAUAACAUUGAUGACUGGCUUCAUGGCAGUAAUUCUCGGCUGUAAUUGCAUAAGCAUUGCUCAAGAGGAAAAUCCAAAAGUGCAGCAGGAGAACUCUUUUCCCUGAAAAAGGAAAAAUAUUGAACUCAAUGAUAGCACCAAAACUUACAUUUAAAAGACAGACAUUCCUUCUACAUGUAAUGACACUUCUUGUGUUAAAAUAAAAAUUUACAAGAGAAGAAAGUGAAAGCAAAUGAGGUUUCAUAAAUAGUUGUAAAUAUAGUGAGGCAAUUUGAAAUAAUUUUCAAGCAAAAUAUUGUGAAAGUAUUCUAAGCCAAGUUUUAAAUAUUAUCUAACAGGCGACAGUGGUAUAUAAAAGUAGAUCCUGAGAAGUACUUUUGUUACAGCUACUAUAAAUAUACAUAUAAAUUAUAGAAUGUACUUUAAUUUAUUUUAUGAACACUUUUCAAAAUGUACAUUCCUUUGUAAUUGACACUAUAUAUUUCUUAAUAAAACAGUUCUCAAAUUUG